CAACAAGGAGAGUUCAAAAGACUUGGGCUUCUGGGUUUUCCGAUAUUUAAGUUGGUUGGGAGCCGAAAUCGUUAGAUUUCGAGGAACAGGGGGUGUGGGUGAUUGGAAGAAUGGGGACAAGAGAAGUGUAUGAGGAGAAGCUAAGGAAUGGGAACCUGUACCAUGACCCAACCAUCAACCCUGGCUUAGGCUCCGCUCGUUGCCCUCGUUGCCUCUCUCUCUUAAACCCUGAUUCUGAUAAAGCUGAAUGGACAAUUACUUCUGUUUUACAUGAUGCCACUGCAGUGGUUGGUUCUGGUAUCGGGGGAAUGCUUAGUGCAGUACAUGGCUUUAACACUGGGAUCCCUUUCCUUCAGAAUCACAUCAAGGGACCUAAAUGGCUCCCUUUUGUAAAUGGGAUUCCGCUGCUGCUAAUGUUUUCUGGCGCCAGUGCAGCAUUUGGAGGUUAUGCACUUCCAAAGUUUACUCAACUCACUGUGACUUCCUAUUAUGCUGCCUCUAGUGCCUCACAUUAUGGUAUUUCACUCCUAACGCGACACGUUGAAGAUACAUACACUAUUCGUUCUCAACAAGAAAGGCCGAGAUAAAUUCUUGUGCAUUUACUUAUGAUUCUACUCUCAUCAGUUCUAUUAGCAAUGUUAUACCUAUAUGUGCAUAGAACUUUUGGAUGUCAUUUUUGUUUUAUAAUUUCUCUUUUUUUUUCAAUUCAGUGUCACAUUUUCAUACUUCUAAAGUUUAUAUAUAAUAGUUAUAUUAUCUUGGUAACCAGUUCUUUCCUCUGUUGAAUUGAGUUGUAGGGUACUUUUAUUUGAGAUUAGUUGAUGAAAUACUGACAUUUUAUCUUGAGGAAUUACAAAGUUUUUGUUGAUUAUAUUUAAAACUUUUAUCAUUGAGAUAAGGUUUCCUUUAAGA